UAUUGUCACCGAUUAUAAUAUUGCGAAUACAGAAUAACGUCUUGUCAGACACUAGUUUCUUGUUUCCACUUAAUUUUUGUUCUUUAUUCGUUAUUACUUAUUGCAUACUUACAUGAAAGAUAUUUAUUUUCUCAUGACUAUUGUUACUUGUGAGUUGGAACUAAAAAGUAAAAGAUAAAAGUCGGCACUUGGCAAUCAGCACAAAAUACAAAGCCGCAAACACAUCAGCCAUAAACGAAAGAUUAAAUAUUAGCAUUAAAUUACCUAGUUAACAGCUAAAUAGUUUAAAGUGUGACUGGCAGUGAGUAGGUAUAAUUGAGAUACACUAAGGAGAACGUAAUUCAGUAUGGAACCAUUAAGAAUGUCUAUUACCGAUUCUGCAGUAAAUUCCAAGUAUGAUAGUAAUAUGCACAGUAUAAUGCAUAGUUCUAGAGUUCUGACCAUUCCACUUAUUAGAUGUGACGAUCCAGCAUUUAAUAGAGUUAUUAAACAAGAAUUAAUUGAAGAUACGGACAAUAAUGAUGAUAAUCAAUUAUUACAAAUGAGAGCUAAAUGCGAAUUUGAAGAAGAAAUAAACACAACUGAUACCAUUAUAAAAAUCGAAAAGGAUAUGAACGACGGAUGUAGGAUUGAAGGAUCAGUUAAAAACGAAAGCCAUUCUUCAGAAAUAAUUAUUCAUAUGACUUCGGACAAGACAGCACACUCAGGGAAAACAUUUUCAAAUUCAAGUGAUAUUCAAGUCAUUAAUACAUUUCGAACUAAUCAUAAUAAUCAAAAAUGCAUUAUCUCUGAUAAAUUAUUCAACUCAAAAGCACAACUCAAAAAAAAUCUGAAGACUUGUACCAGCAAAAGAAAAAACCGGUUUGUUUGUGACAAUUGUAAAAAGUCUUAUUUUACUAAAUCCGAUUUGAUUACACAUAUAUUGUGUUGUACGGGAGGAAAGCUUUAUAAAUCUGAUGUAUGUGAUAAAGGUGUUUCUCAAGCAGGAAAUUUAAAAGAGAAUAAAAGGCAUCAUAUUGGAUUAAAGUCAUAUGAAUGUGAUAUCUGUGAUAAAAGGUUUUCUCGAACAGAAUAUUUAAACAGGCACAAAAGGACACAUACUAGAGAUAAACCAUAUGAAUGUGAUAUCUGUGAUAAAAUGUUCUCUCAAAAAAGAGAUUUAAAUAGACAUAAAAGGACACAUACUGGAGAUAAACCAUAUGAAUGUGAUACAUGCGGUAAAUGGUUUUCUCAAUCAUAUAUUUUAAACAGGCAUAAAAGGAUACAUACUGGAGUAAGGCCAUAUGAAUGUGAUAUCUGUGAUAAAAGGUUUUAUCAAACAGGAGAUUUAAACAGGCAUAAAAGGACACAUACUAGAGAUAAGCCAUAUGAAUGUGAUAUCUGUGAUAAAAGGUUUACUCGAGCAGGAAAUUUAAAAACCCAUAAAAGUACGCAUACCGGAGUUAAGCCAUAUCAAUGUGAUAUCUGUGCUAAAAAGUUUUCUAUAAAAGGAGAUUUAAACAGGCAUAAAAGGACACAUACUGGAGAUAAACCAUAUGAAUGUGAUAUCUGCGAUAGAGGGUUUUCUCAAACAGAUGAUUUAAAAAGGCAUAAAAGGACACAUACUGGAGAUACACCUUAUGAAUGUGAUAUCUGCUAUAAAAGGUUUUCUCUUGCAGGAAAUUUAAAAGCCCAUAAAAUAACACAUACUGGAGUCAAACCAUAUAAAUGUGAUAUCUGUGAUAGAAGUUUUUCUACUCAAUCAAAUUUAACAAAGCAUUCGAGAACCCAUACUGGAUUAAAGCCACAUAAAUGUGAUAUCUGUGAUAAAGGGUUCACUCAAGCGGGAAGUUUAAAAAUCCAUGCAAGGAAACAUACCAUUAAAAGGCCUUAAAAUGCACAUUUCUUUGUCAGGUUUUGGUUAUACCAUAAACUAAUGCAAUUACAAUCAUCCCUGUACUUUUAAACGAAUUAUUUUUAUAUUAAGAUACCUAUGUAUAAUGUUCAAUAAAAUAUGUCUAAAUAAAGAGAAUUUAAUUUAAAACUUUUAGCUUUAUAAAAAAUCCUGGAGAAUAAUCAGGUUACCUAACCUUUCUGAUGUACAUGUAGUGUUGAUUGUAUUUCUACAUUAAGGGAUACGUUACUGUAAUGUUUGUGUUUAUUUUGACCUCGAUUCAUUAUUGUAUAUUAAAAAUUGAUAUAAAACAAACAAAAUAACAAUAUGGAAAAA